UCAAAUACGAGUAAAUACACCGGCAAGUCUACAUAGUUAUGACAAAACCUGAAAACGAAAGCAGUACCUUGGUUAAUUCCAAAGAAAACAGUCCUUUUGAAGCAGACAAAGGGUCGCCAGACUAUGAGAAAAUACUCUUGGAUCAUCCAGUUUACCAAUAUUUCAAUGAUCUUUACAAAGAACAUUCCAAGACCAAUAACCAUAGCUCAUUGAUCGAAGAAAACAUCUGGCCCACUCUUACCGGUGAAACCUUGAUUGGAAGGGGCAAAAUUAAUUUCAGAAGUAACUCUUUCUAUUUGAUUGAUGAUAAAUUUUUAAGCGAAUAUAAAGACAUUGAUCAGUUGGAAAAGAAUGAAAAGAAUUACAGCUAUACAUUCUUUCACUUGGGAUCAAAGCUUUCGGGCCACCAGAAGAUAAUCCACGGAGGUUUAUUAGCCACUAUUCUUGACGAAAUCACUUGUCGUUUGGCAUUUCAAAAUUUCCAUUCGAAGAAGGGGGUAACUGCAAAUCUCAAUAUCAACUAUAAACAGCCUUGCUACGUUGAUUCAUUUGUUCUUAUAAAGUGUGAGACUACUAAGAAAACCGGAAGAAAGUGUUUCGUUAAGGGAAGCGUAUUCAAACUCGACUUAAACGACGGGAACUUGCAGCUGCCUACCACUGAUUAUAUCGAGUCUAAGGCUAACUUAUUGACUGAGUGUGAGUGUUUGGUUAUUGAACCCAAAUGGGUGCAUGAAUUGCAAAAUAAGCAGACUUGAACAUUAUUAAUUAUAUAUAUUUAUAUUCUAAUACACUCUAUAAAUUAUCCGUUCC